AUGGAGCUGCGACCCUACCAGUGGGAGGUGAUCAUGCCCGCCCUGGAAAACAAGAAUAUCAUCAUAUGGCUGCCCACGGGCACUGGGAAGACGCGGGCGGCUGCGUUUGUGGCCAAGAGACAUCUAGAGACUGUGGACCAAGCCAAGGUGCACCUGGUGACCCAGCAUCGUGAGGAGUUUAGCCACAUGCUGGAUGGACGCUGGACCCUGGCUACCCUGAGCGGGGACAUGGGGCCACGGGCUGGCUUUGGUCACCUGGCCCGGAGCCACGACCUGCUCAUCUGCACGGCAGAGUUGCUGCAGCUGGCACUGACCAGCCCUGAGGAGGAGGAGCACGUGGAUCUCAGUGACUUCUCCCUGCUUGUGGUGGACGAGUGCCACCACACACACAAAGAUACCGUCUACAACAUCAUCCUGAGCCAGUACCUGGAGCUUAAACUGCAGGGGGUGCAGCGUCUGCCCCAAGUGCUGGGUCUCACAGCCUCUCCAGGCACUGGCAGGGCCUCCACGCUCGAUGGGGCCAUCAACCACAUCCUGCAGCUCUGUGCUAACCUGGACACAUGGUGCAUCUCGUCACCCCAGGAACACUACCCCCAGCUGCAGGAGUACAACCGUCAGCCCUGCAAGCAGUAUGACCUUUGCCAACAGCGGAGCCAGGAUCCAUUUGGGGACUUGCUGAAGAAGAUCAUGGACCAAAUCCAUGACUACCUGGAGAUGCCCGAGUUGAGCCGGAACUUCGGGACGCAAAAGUACGAGCAGCAGGUGGUGGAGCUGAGCCAGAGAGCGGCGGAGGACGGGCUCCAGCAGCGGCGAGUGUGCGCGCUCCACCUACGUUGCUACAACAACGCACUGCUCAUCCACGACACAGUCCGCGCCGUGGACGCCCUGGCCAUGCUGCAGAACUUCUACGACAGGGAGAGAGCCACUAAGAUCCAGGUGCUGCGUGCUGAGCGCUGGCUGCUGGCGCAGUUCAAUGCUCACAAGAACAAGCUGGCCAACCUGGCGACUCAUGGCCCAGAGAAUCCGAAACUGGAGGUGCUGGAACAGAUCCUGCAGAAACAAUUUGGGUGCCAUGACAGCCCCCGGGGAAUCAUCUUUAGCUGCACACGCCAGAGCGCUCACUCCCUCAUGCUCUGGCUCCAGCAGCAGCCCGGCCUGCAGACCGUGGACAUUAGAGCCCACCUGCUCAUCGGGGCAGGGAACAACAGCCAGAGUGCCCCCAUGACCCAGAAGGAACAGCAGGAGGUGAUCCAGAAGUUCCGAGUUGGCACCCUGAACCUCCUGGUGGCCACAAGUGUGGUCGAGGAGGGGCUGGACAUCCCCCACUGCAAUGUUGUGGUGCGCUAUGGGCUCUUGACCAAUGAGAUCUCCAUGGUCCAGGCAAGAGGCCGUGCCCGGGCUGGUCAGAGUGUGUACUCAUUUGUGGCAGCCAAAGGCAGUCGAGAGCUACGGCGGGAGCUAACCAAUGAGGUACAGGAGGCCCUAAUGGAGCAAGCGGUGGCCGCUGUGCAGAGGAUGGACCAGGCUGAAUACCAGGCCAAGAUCCGGGAUCUGCAGCAGGCAGCCCUGGCCAGGCGAGCAGCCCAGGCAGCACAGCGGGCGAGCUCUCGGCAGCAGUUUCCAGCAGAGCUCGUGCGGCUUUUCUGCAUCAACUGCUCGGUGGCUGUGGGCCACGGAAGUGACCUGAGGAAGGUGGAGGGCACCCACCAUGUCAACGUGAACCCUAACUUCUCGUGA